GCAGCGCCCCUCUGUGUCCCUCAGAUGAAUGUCUUUGUUGUAUCAUACUGUUUUGUUGACACAUUUGUAUGUGUCCCAUGUUCUUUCCCCGUUUUGCGGUCCUCCUGGGCUCCUUGCCACUAGUUCUUCUUGCAUGGUCAUGAGGGGUUGGGUUAAUUGAACGUUUGUUGAUCUUGUUUACGAUAUUUGAUUGAGCCUGUUCAUGGUCGGUACUGGAAAGUGCAACUUACCGUCCACGCCUAUAACACCAAUUUAUAUAUAUUGAUUAACAUAAUUUAGACCGUAUUGUACGCAAUGUUAUAAAAGAACUAACCAAACAAAUCCCAGUAUUUACUUACUAUGUGUUUUAAUGUUUAAAUUGUAAGACGUCGUAACAGAAAUGAAGUCUCCGUUUGAUUUAUUCAUUCGAAAAGAGAUACAUGUUUAAAUUUAGCCUUGACAUGGGCUGUUAAAUAGUACUGGUUAUAUGUAUCUAUUUUCAGUACGCACUAUGACGUGAAACGAAAAGGAUGUAGAAAGUUUAUAAAUAAUUGUGUGUGUUUGAAUAUUGGAAUAAAAAUACAGGGUUUUUCUAGUAAUAAAUAUGUGCCGAUAUAAUGUGUCCUGACAGCAAAAAAGAAAAAAUAGUACAAGAAGAAGAAGAAAAAAAGAAUAAGAAAGUAGAGAUAAUAAUCAAAUUAAAAAAUACGCAAUUUUAAAUUUAAUUACUUAAACAGUGUGAAAUUAAUUGAAGUAAAGAUAACACUAUAACAGUACAUACUACCUAUUUAAUUUCUACAAGACAGCGAUAGAUUGAACAAAUUGACGGCAGCUAUAUGGUGAUUCUUCAUUAAACUAUACUUUUAAAGAAUAUCACAUUUGGUAAAUUCCAUAGGUCAAAGUCUGUACAUAAUCCGAGGCACUUAUCAUAUUCUGUCCAGCUGCCUUUAUUUUGCUCCAGUCCCGAAAAUGAAUAGUAAAGCAAUCUUUUCACUGCUAGUAUUGCCAUUAGCACUUGCUGCCAUUAAAACAGAUGUUGUUGUACAAAAGGCAAGCAGUUUGACUGACGACACUCAAUAUGGUUGUGGCAGAAAUAUAACAUUCAUUUGCUCUUUUACGAAGGUCACAUCCGCUAUCUCAUGGAGAUAUUCAGACGAAGAAACACGAAUUGCUCAAUGUAUAAGAAAAGUUUGUGAUGUCAAUCCUGUUUAUGAUAAAGACUUCGAAAUUUCAGUCGAUAUGACAGAAGGUAUUUUUAAUUUGACGAUAAUAAAAGUGAAAAACAUCGGGAAAAGGUUGGUGUGUUCAGACGGAUCACACAGUGAUUCUCAAAUUAUCAGCAUCAAUGGUCCAGAUGUUGUCAUACAAAGAGCAGACACUCUGGCCUAUGAAACACCAUCAGAAUGUGGCAGAAACCUAACAUUAACGUGCAUUUCAAAGAAGGAUACAUUUGCAAUUGUAUGGAAGAAUGGAAAUGAUAAUAUAAAAAUUGCUGAAUGCGUACAAAAUGUUUGCAGCAUUAAUCCGGACUUUGAAAGACAAUACAAUAUUUCAUUUGAUAGUGCACGGUGUAUUUUCAAUUUGACAAUAAUGAAAGUGGCUAUGAAAGAUAACGGAAGAAAUUUGGUUUGUUCAGACGGAUCUCAUAGUGACUCGUACAAUAUAACAGUCAAAGAUAACGAGCCUCACCUAGUUGAAAACACAACAUCUGGGACCAUUCUAGCAACGUCUGGCUGCAUUUCACAGGACACGAACGUUUCUUUUAAAUGGAUUCUGAUCUCCGAAAGUAGUAAUAUUGAAACAGAAUUUAACCCAGAAAUCAGUAACAAAUAUGCAACAAAUUGUAAAAAUAAUUCUGAUUGUGGAAAUAACAAGCACGUAUACUAUACAGAGAUAAUUUUGGCCAAUGGUAGUAUCACUGGAAAAUACUAUCUGAAAGUUGCAGCGAUAUACGGGAAUGAAAGCAAAGAUUCAUACUAUUCAUACAAGUCUGUUAUGAAAUACAUGAUUGGAGAGCAAGAUGAAGAACAUUUAAACCCUGUAAGCAAAAAUAUUGGGACAUUUAAUGUGGUGAUGAUGGCGAUGCUGUUUAUUUUUAUAAUGAUUAUACUAUGUGCAAUGGUCCUUUACAAAUUACACGCACAAAAAUAUCGCCCGAAAGGGAAGAUAAUGGAGAUAACAUAAUAAUUCGACGACUCGAUGAUUCACCAGGUGGUUUUACAAGCUCGGGUUUUAACUAUGGAUUCAUUUUCUUAUCAUACUAUUUUCCCUUUUGAUUUUAUCUGAUGUAAACAAAUUAUAGUUAGAUCAUCACUGAUUAGAAAACAAUAAUUCGAUUUCAGUUAAUAUUAUGUAUAAGAAAGGAUGAAAGCAUAAUUAGUCGGGAUGAUUUAUAGAAGCAUGAAGUAUAUAUCAUAUAACUGCAUAUGCUGAAACAACGUGCACUAUGUGAUACAAAUAUGUGAAGUAAAAAAGAAUACAUGUACUUCGUAUACAUAAUCAUUUUUCAAGGUUUUUCUAUGCAAUUAAAAUAUUUUUCUCUAAUUUUAAGGUUUAAUGAUUUAAAAAAAAAAAAUUAUUGGAUGAUCAACCUUAUUUGAAAUUUGAAGUUUUAUUUAUUGGAAACUUAUCAACUUGUGUAUAUGUCCGGUAUAAACUUUUAGAGUUGCGUAAGAAAUCACUUCAUAAACAGGAAACUAAGGAAGCGCAGAGUGGACUUCUGAUUUUUUUCUUUCUAUCUUGUAGCCACGAGAUAUAGACUAGAAAAAACGUGCAUUUAAAUCAAAUAAAAAAAAAGUGCAAUCUCGUGACCACGAGUAAUCCGACCUAUUAGAGGAACAUCAUGGUAACGAGUUCGCUGAACAAUAAAAUCGAAGAUAAGUCCGAAAGCGUUACCUCCCUUCUAAUUGUGGGAUUUGUUUUAUUUUAAGCUUGACUGCUCCUCUGAUAUCAUUAAUGUAAUUUAAAUGAAUCUUGUCAGGAAUUGAUCGAUAGCUCAUGUGCUUGAACACAUUUUUGUCUGAGUUAUGGCCCUUAAGUAAAAGAUGUUUUUUUUUUACAAUUGAUGAUUUUUGUGUUGCUAACUACACAGAUGCUGACACAUGCAACAAAUAGCCACAACUAAUAGGGAUCUCAUUUUGGUGGUCUGUCUGUCCGUCCGUUCGUUUUCAUAAAAUUUGUCCUAAGAAACUACUUGUGCAAUUUCAUCAAAACUUUACAGGAACGAUCAAAAGCAAGUCUAGUUUUGCUAACCAACAGCAUUUUCCAGUUAAAUGAUUAUUUACCGGAUUCGAAAGUGUUUCAAUAAGCUAAUAGCUUCCAACACAAUCGGACUAAAAUAAAUUUUCAUAAACUAAAACUAAGCAUUUUUGUCAGAGUAUAAUGAUUUUUUUUAAGUUUUUUUUCUUUCGGGCUACUUCUCGUAUACUACUUAUGCAAAUUAAAAUAUCUUUUACUAUAUUUUUCUGUACUUCAAGUACUUGCAAAUGAUUUUGGCAGAUUUAUGUCUCUUGUAAUAUGCCAUUGGCUAUCAUCAGGCGACACAUGUGAUCACUGAUCACUCUUUUUAGAUACCUAAUGACAUAAUACCAAGAAAGAGUCAAAAUAAAAGUACAUGGUUGGAUUCUUUUAAAAAUCUACCGGAUUAAAAAUAACUUACUGGUAGUUCUGAUUCACAUUAAACAUCGGCAAAGUGUUGGUAAAUUGUACAAGUACAUGUAUAUAUUAGAAAUGUAUAUUAUUCUUUGCAUCUUGUGUGUGUGUGUGUGUGUGUGUGUGUGUGUGUGUGCGUGU